AUGGAUGACUACAUCGCCAAGGGAUACGCUGUCAAGUUGUCUAAAGAUGAAUCAGCUUCUACCAGUGAACGUACAUGGUAUCUUUCCCAUCAUGGUGUUGUCAAUCCGAAAAAGGCUAAAGUCCGAGUGGUGUAUGAUGCAGAUGCAGAGUAUGGUGGAACCUCACUUAACAAGAAACUGUUACAAGGUCCCCAGCUGAAUAACUCACUCAUUGGAGUGCUAGAACGGCCACUGACAAUAGAACAGAGUUUGAAAAACGCCGUGUGUGAAGUUGUGUCCAAGAACUUCUACGUGGAUGAUUGCUUAUUUUCAGUUCCUAUUAGAGAACGUGCAAUUAAGGUAUCACUACAGCUAAUACAGUUGUUACGGAAAGGGAACUUUCGCCUGACCAAAUUUGUUUCCAACGGGAAAGAAGUAUUAUCAGCCAUUCCAGCAGAAGGAAGAACUGUCAAAAGUCUUGAUUUGGAUAAGCUUCCAAUUGAGAGAGCACUAGGGUUGCAGUGGGACACCGAAACGGACACGUUUGGAGUGAAACGGCUGUCCCACCAAUGCAGUGGUGUAGCUGAAAUUGGUUAUGGAACUGUCUCUUAUUUGAGAAAGCAAGCAGAGGACGGAACUCUUCCUUCAUCGUGGCUAAGAGUCGUACAGCCCCCCUUCAUGUAUGUCUCCGUGCCAAGAAUUGAAUUACAGGCGGCAACAGUUCCAGUAUGUGUUCAUGGUUUAAUCUUAAAGGAGAUUGAUGUGGACAUUUCUUGCUCAUUCUUCUGGACAGAUUCUAGGAUCACGCUGCAGUACAUCAAUAGCGACUCUUGUAGAUUCGAGACCUACGUUGCCAACCGGGUUGCUGAGAUAAGAAACGUAUCUCAACCGAACCAGUGCAAACACUGCCCCGGGGCUCUUAACACGGCUGACGACGAAUCUCGUGGGCUUUCAGCACGCCAACUUCUGAGUAGUCAGAGGUGGUUCAGUGGUCCAGCCUUUUUGUCAAAGGCUGAGGAAGAAUGGCCUCAGGCUGAAGUUGGCAAGCUGUCAGAGGACAACCCGGAGUUCAAGAAUGAGAAGCCUAUAUUCACCUUGUCAGAUUCACACAAGUUGCACGAACUGCUCGUGAGGUACUCUUCCUGGACAGUGCUACAACGAAAGAUAGCCUGGCUGUUGAAGUUCAAAGCCUACCUGGUGCAUCGUAAUGGCAGCAACAGCAUUGCCAAGUACCUAACAACAGAAGAUUUGAAGUUGUGCGGUCCUGCCUUACUUGCAAGAAACAGAGGGCAACCAAAAUGGAGCAGAUGA